AAUGGAGAAGGCUCUCAGGCCCCAGACAUUUGUGAAACCGUUUAGCGCCUCAGUCCGCGUCAAGCGUCCGUUGCUGCCGCACGCAUGCGCACCUCCACGCUAUUGGUCCGUUCAAAUUCCGAACGUUAACCAACGACCAAUCGUGCCGAUCGACUUUUUCUUUUUUAUUUAUUAUCUCUCACAGCUGUGUUUGACAUUUCGUUAUUUUGCAUUACCUGUGUUGUGACAUUGAAAUGAGUAAGACUGUGUUUACUUCGGACUCGAAAUAGCACCUGAUCUUCGAUAGUCUUUAAGGUCGGAUUUUUAUUCUCACGUAUAUAUUGUUGGUGUAAACAAACAAGGUGCGCUGCAAAGAAGUUGGAUUAUUGACCCAGUCCGCCACCGGAAACACUAUGCCUUAUAAAACUGGCGCUAUCUAAAGCGGACCUGCGCCGCAUCGCAAGUGGUAUCACCGUUAAUUAUGCCAGGUUAUUAGCACAAAGCAUAAUGAUGGAAGAGGUGACUCCCCGCCCUAACGUUGAGUACAUACCGCCGCUGCCGCCGAAAGUGAAACAGCGUCAGACGACCUUCACGCAAAUAACCAGCGAUGAGAAGUUGGACGGGUUCGACACGACCGACAGUCGCGCAAUAGACUCUCUAAGUUCGAUGCACUCGCUCGUCCUUAAUUCGAAGAGCCCAAGUGCAACGGUAUUCAUAGCGGCGACCCAGCCAGAGCGACCGGCAAAUACAGCUUGCGCAGACGCUCCAACCAACGGGCCGCACGUAGUCACGAUCAGAAUAAACACAGACACGGAAAAACCGAAAGCGCCGAAAAUUUCAAGCGUGCAUCUGAAGAGCGACAUCGAUUUCGACACGUUCAAAAUUAACGAAAGGAAAAACAAUAGCCUAGUCAGGAUAAACGUUGAUGAGUCAAGGCCAAAUAUAGUCGAGAAUGACGAGCUAACGAAAACUGAUAAAGCGCCAUAUAUCUAUUGCAGUUCGUUUGUCAAUUCGAUGACGAAUAUGGUCAUGUCGAGUGGACAGUGCUCGCCUAGCGAUACGCUAGACUCUGGAACUUGCAGUGACCUAGAUGGCACGCCACCACCGCUGCCGAAAAAGAAGACCUUGAAAUCCAGCUCUAAAAAGGCUGUUUCUGUGACUGUUAUCAAUUCUCGAAAUGGUAGUAGUAACGGUGAACUAGAUUAUGAAGAUAACGACUCGAAUAUAUCAUGCGAUUCACUAAACAGCAGUGAACUUAACGGUAGCGUGCACACUGAUGAAAGUCACAUCGAGUAUUUAGCAAAAAAGGAAAAGAAACAGAGUUUCGAGCCUCCCGUAGCGCCACAGAUGCCAACGUUUAUCGCGGAGUCGAACAAAAAAGAUAGUUUUCUACCGCAAGGCCUUCUCCAAGAUAUCAGAGACCGUUCAGCUAAACUUAACACGAUAGAAACAGAAAGCGAGACAGAGCAAUCGCAAGUGAAUCAAAAUAUAAAUGAAAAUGCUAAUAUAUCAAAAGAAAGCACGCAACUCACCUCUUUCAGAUUAGUUGCGCAGUUAAAUAGUGAAGCGAAAAAAACUGAUGAAAGAGAAUCAUCUCCGCCUUGUAAAGCGCCUCUGAUCACGGAGACGACGUACGAGGAGAGACAGAAACAAGACAAAUUAAAGCAAGAGAAAAUGUGCUACAGCAGCCAUUACUUCGACGCGGACAAGUAUUACGACUUUCAUUUGAACGAAAAACAAUUUGAUGAUGUUAAAUCAGUGAGCAGUGUGUGUGACAGUGCAAAGAGUGAUUGUGACAAUGGUGCUGAUUUGGAAUAUUUUGCGGGAAUCAAGGAUUAUAAAAAUGAAGAGACGCCUUCAACUAUUAGAAGCUCAAAAGGAACAAUACGUGGUGUCAAAAACCGUGUGCGAGCUGGCAUAGCUACGUUCCUUCAGAUGCAAAGCACGACAAAGAGCUACAAGGAAAAGGACGCCGGCAAAGUGGUGGUAUAUACCACAACAAUGGGCAUCGUCAGAGGCACGUACCAACGGUGCGUGCUGGUGAAGAAGAUACUGCGGAACCUGUUGGUGAAGUACGAGGAGAGAGACGUCUUCAUGAGCACGGAGUACCAGGACGAGAUCAGGGACAGAAUGAGGAGCGAGCAGAUCCUGAUUCCCCAGUUGUUUAUCGACGGUCAGCAUAUAGGGGAUGCCGACACCGUGGAGAAACUAAAUGAAAGCGGCGAGCUGAGAAAAAUGCUGAAACCGUAUAAGAGUCCAGAUGCGUGCAACACCUGUCAGAUGUGCGGAGGCUUCCGUCUGUUGCCCUGCAAGAUCUGCAACGGAUCCAAGAAGAGCCUCCAUCGGAACCACUUCACUGCAGAGUUCGUCGCAUUGAAGUGCAUGAACUGUGACGAAGUUGGUCUCGUACGGUGUGAGGCGUGCUCCUGAAGACCACGUAGUUUUUGAGCAUUGUUCACAAGUCACAAGUCAGAAUUCACAUUCAUUAAAAGAUGAUCGAAAUUACUAAGAUUUCAGAGAAUACACGGGUGUUGAAACAAAAAAAAAAGGUAGUUACAUGAUUGCUGAUAAAAUGUUUUACCUUUGUUGUAUUAACAUUUCAUGUGGCAUAAUUGAAUGGCAUAUCUACAGGUAAGGUAACAAGUGGCAUGUUAAAGAGACAUUUAUUGAAAAGGUGUUGGAAGUGAAGUUGUUGGUGGUUAUGUGAUUGCUCAUUCUACAGCUUCAAUUCUACAGCUCAUGUGGCGAGUGGAGCCCAUUUGAUAAGAGUUAUUUUACGAAAUUAACAUUAAAUUUUUCAAUGUUGAAGGUUUAAACGUGCAAAUUUAAUGUAUACAAUACAUAUACUAUUUUGUAUAUAAUGUCAUUAGUAGUUUAUCGGCAUUGAUGUGAAUUUCCAAAUGUUUUAAUGUAUUAAUAUACAAGAAUAUUGGUAAAAUAAUUUUGUUAAUUACUUCUGGGUUGGGAAAUUAAUAAACGAUAUUUUUUUGUAGUAUGAUGGGCCUCCGAAAAUGUGCACAUGCCUUAAUAUGAAAGUAAUUGCUUCCAUUUCAAGAAAUUUUAUUCACUUUUGAUCGUUGGAAUCAAUGUAUAAUAUACGAAAAUUGUAAGAUAAACGAAAAUUGAAAUUAAUAUUAUCGAUAGUCAAUUUAGUAUUUACUCAAAUAAUGCCAAGUAUAAACAAGUUGAUAAUUAAAUAGUUAUAAUUAAAAUUUAUUAUGGUAUAAAGACGUAUAAAUUGUAUAAAUAAAAUUAAUGUUUAAAUCGAUUUAACUUAAAGCUCAAAUAGGUUUUAAUUUACAUGUUAAACAUUUAUAGACUCGAUGAAUGGUACAAAAGGCGAAAUGGCCAUUUUUAUACUUUUUUUAAAUUCAUUAUUAAUAUAUAUAUUACCUAAUUCUAAUGCCUUGGUCACACGUACCAAGCAAAUGAGAGAGAAAAUGCUCUCGGCUCCAGUACUCGGUACGAUCAAACAUCACAUUCUCGGCCAAAAAUAAUUUAACUGUCUCGCCCGUUUAUUCGGUAUCUGUGAUUAAGGCAUAUAGUGUAGCGUUACAAUUUAUGUGACCUUGGAAUAGGAAACUUAAUUUCAAAUAUUACGAUAAUCACAAAAAGGCGUUUUACUCUUAAAAUCGUCAAUAAUUCUUUCGUUAUUUGUUUGGCCGAGCUUAACCCAAUGGAGGGCCAGUGGGUACUAGGUCACUCAAGGGUAGGCAGUGCUACCGUUUAGACGUUGGGCAAGUUUGAAGACCAAUGCAAGUGGCCAAUAUAGACAAGCUUUGUGGAGCUGCCUAUAUGUUGGGGAGCGAUAUCCAGUGCCGGCAAGCGACACUAAAUGAGGUCACUAUACACGUUGGCGCUUUACUUUACUCCGCAUAUUAGACAAGGGACACUGAACGAUGACAAGGCAAGACAAAUAUGCUUUCUACACGUUGGUAUUCUAUAGUAUUUAGGUCUUCGCUUGGCCUAGGACAUAGGCUUUAAAAUCAUGUUAGUUCGGGUAUGAUGGAGGACCAUGUAUAGUUAAAGUUAAUUCUAAAUGUAAACAGCCACAGAAUUAAAGUCUGCAUAAAAUUUGUAAAAUAUAUAAUCUCUAUAUCGUAAUAUUUUGCUAGUGAGAGGAAAAUAUUUAGUACAAUCUCGAAUGGUUUUAUGAUAAAUUAAAGAGGAAAUUGGAAAUCUCGAGCGUAGAAUAUCGUUGAUAAGCGAUAUCUACAACAUCCUUAACACUCGUACCUUCACGAAUUUGUGAUUUGCAAAUUUGGUAAAGUUUCUAGGAAAAAGAUAAAGUUAAUUAUAUUUUUUUUAGGAUUUAACUGCUGGAUGUUGGAAACUAAAGAAAAUAUUCCUAGAAAAAAAUGCAAUACGGGAUUCAAACCUGCAUCUUCCGUCGUUCGGGCGGGUGCACUUAAACCUGAACCGAAUGUAACUUAACCUUUCUCUAGUACUAGGUACUUAUACUAUUUUCUAGUACUAUGUACUAUUUUCUUAAGAUUUAAAUGAUAAAGUAUCGUUGCUUUUUUUCCAAAUUUACGAAUGAAGUUGGAUCAUUAUCUCUUUAAAUAGAUAUCCCCGUAGGUAAUUAUUUUGAAUUCGUGAAAGUGGCAAAAUAAUGUAAUUGAACAACCAAGGUGCGGUGGUAAAUUAAUUAAGAUAUCACGCCAUAAAUAAGCUGCAAUAAAUUUAUCUUACAUAGAAUUAUUUUCGGUUAAGACAUUUUUUUGGUAUUUUUAUCAUUUCCUAUAAUAUUUGUUGUAAUCUACAUAACAAUAUAGUUCAUCUACAUUUUUGCUUCUAUAGUAAAAUACUUGAAAAUAAUGACAACGAAAAGGCACUAAGCGAAAUUUUGUUUCUUUUUUCAUUUAUCAACUAGUGCAAAACGCAUUUGAAUUAACCUGAUAAAUAUUCUGUAAACUUUUUAUACAUGGAAAAGAGUUUCAAACGUAAUCAGGAAUAAUAUAUUCUUAAACAUAUAUUCAUAUUAAGAUUUUCCCAUUAUCAAUCAUAAUAAUAGUAAUAAUAGUGUACACAAUUUUUCUUAAAAAUAGAUUACUACUGUAGUGUCCAUUGAAUAUAUGAUUACAAUGUGAAAAGUUAGCCAAUUAAAACAAUUUGUGUAUCUUAAACUCCUUUAAUAAUAAUACCAUUCAAUUUGAUUUUUGAAGUUUGUAAACAUCCAUUUCAAAUUAAAAUUGAAAUUUAUCACAAUGAAGGUUUAAGGCAUCAACCCCAUAGGCGCGUUUUAUCGGGCGGUAAUAUCGGAUGCGUUAUUGCGAUACCACACAUUUAUUGCGUCAUACUUCGAUUGCGUCAUUAUUAUCGCAGCAGUGUGUAACUUCGCAGCCGUUCUCAUACAUAAUGUAGUAAUAACAAAUAUGGCAAUAACGCAUCAAAUAUUAUCGACCGAUAUAAUGGCUUAAUUUUGUUAUUAGAAGGCUGGUAUCAUUAAAACAAACAAGGUCGUAGCUUUCUGUUUUAAUAAAGUGAUGAUUAGUUAUGGAUCUUUUUUAUUCGAAAAACUUAACAGAUUACUUAUACAUAGGUAAAUCAAUAAUUCGACAAAUAUAACCAUUCCAUUAUCAAAAUGUUGCGAGUAUUACUCGUGUAUUACUCACUCAAGACAUCAAUUUACUUUUAUGUUUAUUUCAGGUUGGUAUUGUCAAUUCUUUGCAAUAACAAUUUAUUAACUUUAUUGGCAUGUCUCAGUGCCGCCGUUAAAAAGUUUCUAGGCCGUUUAAUAUUUUAUUAUGUACUUAUUAAUAUUGUUACUAUCAUAAUGUGAAUAUUAAUUAAUGAUUAUGUUUAGUAAAAAAUAAUAAGACUUUUAAUUUUAAGUAAUCUGCAUAACUGCGAUUGGCAACUUAUAUCACAAUUUUUAUUUCAUGUAUGUAACCUCUUUUUUUAUAUAUAGGCUCUUUUAGCCUUAAAUGUGUUGUGAUAGUUUAAUUUUUUUUAUAUCAAUCGCUAGAUAUCACAUUAAAUUUAAGAAAAACGCCUUAUUGUUUUUAAUGAAUGGCGAUAUUGUAAAUAGAUAUUUAAAAUAAAUAACAAAAACAA